AUGUGCCCCCGCCCCCGCCCCGCUGCCGGCGGCGGCACGGGCAUCCCGGCCCGCGGACCGGGGGUCGCGCGGGGCCCGGCCCCCGGGGGCGUGUCCCACCGGGCCCCGGCGCCCCGAGAGGCGGGGGGCCCGGUGCAGGCGGCCGCCUACUGCCCCGGCCACCCGGCCUCCAGCCUGGCCGUCCAGGCGGCCGCCUGCAGAGCGCUGCAAGCCGCCGGGUCCUCGCGACCAGGAGCCUGGGAGAGACCGGGCCUCCCAGCACUGCUGGCGUGCUUUUCUUGGGGUCCCUGGAGCCGGGGAAAGGACCCAGAUGCCGCCUCCCCCAGUGACCCAGCUCAGGGUCACCUCCGGGACCCCGAGGAGGAGCUGGCACUGACGGCGGCAUUUCCCAAUGGAGACUGUGAGGACCCCGAGAAGGGGCUGAGAGCUUGUGACGGAUUCGUCCACGCUCCGGCUGAGCCCGCUGGAGGCUCGAGAUGAAGGCUGACACCCGGCCUGCCUGGGCUCGAACCUGCACUCUGGGGACUGGGACCUUCUCACUGAGCCCCCUUGCCUCCAUGGUGACCCUGGAAUGGUGGUAACCACAAAGGCCCCCCGACCCCCACCCCGCCAGGGGGCUGCCGCAUUGAACCAGCCAGGAAACUUACGUUCCUGGAACCCGCUGCCCCCCCUCACAUCUGCUCACUCUCUGGUCAUGGUGAGGGUAUUUGUUCUUUCUGUACCUCAGUUUCUCUGCCCCGUGGGGACAGAUGGCUGUCUACUUUGAGGCUCUGUGGUGCUGUGGCAGCCUGUGGUGCAUUUGCACGAGGAUCCAUCAUUUCAAGUGUGACUGGGAGAACUCUGGACCAGAAGUCAUCAGAUCUGGGGGGAGUGGUCUUGGACAUGUCGCUGAACCUUUGCAGUCUUUGUUUCUCAAAUACCUGAGGGGGCUAUUGGCCCAGGGGCUCUCACCGAAGGGCCAGGCUGCUGCUCUAGGCAGCAGUGGAAACGUGUGUGUGUGUGUGUGUGUGUGUGUGUGUGUGUGUGUGUGUGUGUGUUGGGAGGGUUGCUGUAACUAUGAGGUGCCCUUGGUACUUAGUGGGCAUCUUACAAUGUACAGGACAAUCUCCAACAGCAAAGAAUUGUUCUGCCCAAAUGGCCCAUUGUAGCACCUUUGAAAAUUCUGAAUGAGACAAUCCCUUCUCCCCGUGAAAGUCUAGGAAGAGUUCCCCAGAGCAGAGAGGGUUGGGCUUCCUGAGACCCUGGCUCCCAGAGCAAGCCAAAAUAAAGACUGCACUGCUGCCCUGGGGCUCUCGGGCCAGAGACAAGACAUCCAAGUGCUUUGCAUGCCCUCUCUCUUCCUCAUGUUGACAUUGACUUUCUGUGCCAAAUCCUUUGAGAAUAAGAACGCUAGGAGCUGCCCAGGGCACCAAACAAGGAAGAGUAGAAAUAAGGAUAUGGGACUCUCUCUGGAGCUCAGGCCCUUGUCCAAGGUCAAAGCAGACCCAGCCCAGAGGUGCCAAGUUCCUGAAUCAUUUUUUCUCUGUUGGAGUCAGACAGGGUCAAUGAUGUUCCCUUAAAAUCCAGGAAAACCAUCUGUUCCUUCUACAAGGAACUCGGCAUUACCGCCCUGCCUUUCUCGCCUGCUCCUGGAGUUAAUAGUCUUUGGAGUGGCAAGAGCAACCUGAUAUUCCCUGGUAGGAAGCACUGUCUAAGAGAAGUCGUUAAAUUCAUUCGUUCGUGCACGAUUUGCUCAGCAGGCGUCCAGUGGGGCAGGUUUCUGGCCAGGGUCCGCGAGAUGCUGCAUGACACCCAGUAGUUCUUUUGGCUUCCAUUUCUGGUACCAAAUGUGGACUUGUGGUUGAGGGGCUGUAUGAGAUCAAGGAGGGUCCCUCCUGGCUCUAUGCUUCCAUUUGUUCUUCAUAAUAAGCCUAAUUCUACCCCUCUCUGCCUCACGGGCACAGUGUGAGGGCAGACAAGGUGACAUCUUAUUUGGGACUUGGUUAUCAGCAGGUGUCAUUUUAAUAAUCCAAGGCUGUCUCACUGAUAAUGGGCCCCGCUGACCUCCUUCUCCGCAAGAAUGAACUCAAUGAAUUAACUUUUGAUUUUGUUUUAAAAUGGGGAGACUGGUAUUUUUGAAGCUGCUAUAUUUUUCUAUUUCUCUGUUAAUUUUUUUGUAAUAAUCAGGUUGGAAUUUUAUAUCUUAGUGGGAGGAGGGGAGCGUUUAUUAAGUUAGGAAGUUAUCAAAGGCAGAAGUUAUAAGGCAGCAUAGCAGCCUGUGCUGUGCUCAAAAGCCUUUUGUAUUUGUUCACAAUAUUUGAGACUUGAGAGAUUGCACAUAUAAAAGCUAGUUUUGCAGGGUGGAGGAAGGGCCAUGCCGUCAUCUCCAGUUUUCUGCUAUCCCUCUCCCCUGAUUGGAGGCCCCCUCCCACCCAUCUACACCCCGCACACACUGCACGUCACUCAUGUAUGCCACCUGCCUGAUCCUGGAGGACAUAUGAGUUUUGCAAGCCUGUGGCGUAGAGGGUGGCUUACCUAUGAUUUUUUUCAUUGCUUUCAGUAUCUCUGGUGAAUAGUUGAAGAGAGAAGGUCUUUACUGAGAUUUGUGUCCUGCCUCCCAACGGAUAAAUACGACUGAGAUCCUUCCAGGUCUAGCUGGCUUCCUUGACACAGGGCUAAGAUAAGCACUGUCCUUUUACGAACAGUCUAGUUGAUAUUUUCUAGCAGACAGAAGAGUUAGGUGCUGGAAGGGAUGACCUUGGUGGUAGAUCUCUUCCAAGAACUCUUCCAAAGCAUGAAGAUUGGGAUGGGCCUGAGAAUAGAGGCUCCAGAUUAGGUCAGUGGUACCAGGAGCCAUUGGCGAAGACUUCCGGUCAAGUCACGGUCUGGACCGUUGGGUAUUAAUCCUUCUAAUAUGGCAGUAAUUGUGCUGCUUCUGACUGGAAUCCAUAAGUCCUUAUAUCUAAUAAAACCAAACCGUACCUCCUUGCUGUCUAAUCAAAA